AUGACUUGUGUUUCUUCGGUUUCAUAUUAUAUCCUUAUUAAUGGGGCUUCUUCUAAGCCUUUCAAAGAUGAAGGGUCAUAUGACAUCAUGUUUCAUCCUAAAUGUAAGAAAUCUAGAGUCAUGGAGUUAUUGUUUGCUGAUGAUUUGUUGGUGUUCACUAAGCCUGAUGCUAAGUCUUUGAAGGCUCUCAGGCUUGUUCUUGGUGGCUUUGCUGGUGAUUUUGCCCUUCACAUUAAUAAUAGCAAGAGUGCCAUUUAUCUUGCUGGUGUUAAAGGUGGAGGACGAGCUGGGUAUCUUGAAGGCUAUUGGUGUCCUGAUGGUGAGCUACCUUUCAAAUAUCUGGGCUUUCCUCUUGCUUCUAAAAGGCUUGUUCAUGAUUGUAAGCCUAUUAUGGAUAAGAUUACAGAUAGGAAACUUCAUUGCACUAGUAAGAAGUUUUCUAUGGCUGGUAGAUCGCAACUUGUUAAUAGUGUCAUUCAGGGUAUGCAGUCUUACUAG